AGGCAUAGCAAACAGGAGCUAUUUGAAUCCCGCAGUUUGCUGAAGCGAUGUUUGGCACCUGUCAAUUGGUCGGACAGACACAUCCCUGGAAAUCCAGAACCCAGUCUUCCACGGUACGAUCACGGUCUCACCAAGUGCAUGAUCCUAAGACCGCAUCAGGAAGGAACUCCAGCAAUUUGUGGUGUCUCGUGCGUGCUUCACAGUAGCGUGACCAUGAAAGAGACUGUAUACUCUUGCCGUUAGCCGUACAAUACCUCUCAACCAAAUUGGUUUAAAGUCCUGCCCAUGGAACGACUCUCUCAAGUCCCAAGUCCUCAACUCACGACGCCACACAAUUUCCCCCAGUGCUUCUGGCUUCUUCACUCUCGCUCCCCCAACACUAAACCGACUCGGCUGUCCUUGCCGCAGUCACAACCAUGAGUUCCAGCACGCAAAGUCCUCAAAGCCCCAAGAGCCCUAAGGGCAAAGUGACCUCGCCAGCACCCGCAGUUGCCCCGACUCCGCUCAGCGCUGAGGCGCAAGACGCAGCUGGUAUUCUUCCUGCAACCUAUUGGACGGAGCAACCGCUUCCCGAAGAGGAUGUUGACGAUGGGGCGUCUAGCCUUGGCUCAUUCAAUUCCACCACAGCUUCCCUAAGCACGAGCAUUUACCGGUACCGCGAAGUCCACGGGAGAACCUACCACGCCGAAAUUGGUAACGCCGAGUCAUGGGAGCCCAAUGAUCAACGCCACGUUGAUGCGAUGGAAAUCGUGCAUCACGCUAUUCUAGUACAUAUGGGAGGAAAGCUAUAUUUCUCUCCUCUUGAGCAAAAAAAGGUUCAGAAGGUACUUGACAUUGCGACGGGGGCUGGCCUGUGGGCGGUUGACUUUGCCGACGAGUUCCCUAAUGCGGAAGUUAUAGGCACAGAUGUCACCCCCAUCCAACCUUCUUGGGUCCCCCCGAACGUUCAGUUUGAGAUUGAGGAUUGCAAUCAGCAAUGGACCUGGCCCGCUAAUACGUUCGAUUUCAUUAAUUUGCGUAGUCUAAUGGGCGUUGUUGAUGAUUGGAAUGCUCUCUAUCGUAACGCCUAUCGAGUCGCUAAGCCCGGUGGUUAUGUGGAGUGUUAUACUACAUCAUCUCGAUUCUUGUCUGAUGACGGGUCAGUUAAAGAAGGUAGUUCUCUAGACCAAUGGGGUAGAGUCUUUCGGGAGGGUGGUAAAAAACUUGGAAGAACGUUUUCAGUAUAUGAAGAGGAUCUCCAGCGGAAAUGUAUGGAGGCGGCUGGGUUUGUUGAUAUCGAGUUCAAGGAUAUCCAAGUCCCGAUUGGUGUCUGGCACCCCGAAAAGGAAGAGGCAGAAAGGGGUCUUUGGUGGAAGCUAGCCGUUGAGGCGGACCUUGAAGGAUGGAUCAACUACAUGUGGAAUGCUGUCCUUGGUUGGAGUCCGGAUGAAGCGAAGGCCUUUGCCCGUCACCUGAAAAGGGAUUUGAAUAACCCCAAAAUCCACGGAUACUUCAUGGGGCGUGUUGCAUGGGGCCGGAAGCCUGAAUAAACAUCGUCACAGUUACAGCAGCUAGCUGGAGCCACAUUGACCGGUAAAGUAGAUAUGUUUGAGAUUUUUGGGACAAGGCUGGCGAGAUGCGUUGCAGUUUGGAGUACACAGAUCGCCGCCUUCUAUUUGGGUGUGACAAGGGCAGGUUUCUGGGCUUGGAAUAAAUAGUCCAAUUCUGCUAAUAAACUACUUUGGUCUCGAAGGCCUUAGAAG